AUGAUAAAUCUGUGCCUCAUCUUAGUAAGCGGAAAAACAAAAGAGUUCCUGUUUUCUCCUAAGGAUUUUGCUUCUGCCAUUGCAAAGCGUGUGUAUGACAAUUGGCCAGUGGACUCGGAAGAUGCACAGGUCAGCAGUCCGAAUAUUCCAUUCUAUCAAGGACGAUUUCUACAUGGAAAUGUCACAUUAGGAACAUUGAAACUUCCUUUUGGCAAAAGGACAGUGAUGCAUCUGGUGGCCAGAGAGACGCUUUGGGAGCCAAACUCCCAGGAUCAGAGGAACCGUGAGAAGACGGGCAAGAGUGAUUGCUGUGUGAUCCUGUGGGCGGCCGGCUCUGGCUGUCACGCUGCUAGGACAGGGGAGGCCAGUGGCUCCAGAGACCUGGCCGCGCAGCCUACCUGUGCAUCCCAGAGCAGAACUACCGCACGGACACUGUCGUCUUUGCUCAUGAAGCUAAAAAGAACCAGGGACAUUCUUCACUAUCUUUUUUUUAAUUUCUUGCAUUAUUGUUUGUGUUGA